GUUGUAUAAAGCAGAGCGGCGUCGGGGCGAGAGGGUUGAGGCGAGCCCGGGGCCGGGACAGGGAGCUGGAAGGAGGCGAGCGCCCGCCCUGUCUCCGCGACCCGUCGCCCCCAGACGGUGCGGGGGGCGGAGGGGGCAGUGAGGAUGGCACCCGGAACGGAUGGCCCCGUGCUGCUGAGGAUGCUGCUGCUGCUGCUGCUGCUGGGCUGGUUCCCGCUUCCCAGUGAGGGGUCCCAGAGAGCCGAGCCCAUGUUCACUGCAGUCACCAACUCCGUCCUGCCUCCCGACUAUGACAGCAACCCUACCCAGCUCAACUACGGCGUGGCCGUCACCGAUGUGGACCAUGACGGGGACUUUGAGAUCGUGGUGGCGGGGUAUAACGGCCCUAACCUGGUUCUGAAGUAUGACCGAGCCCAGCGGCGCCUCGUAAACAUUGCAGUAGAUGAGAGAAGCUCUCCCUACUACGCGCUCCGUGACAGGCAGGGGAACGCCAUCGGGGUCACCGCCUGUGACAUUGAUGGAGAUGGCCGGGAGGAAAUCUACUUCCUUAACACCAACAAUGCCUUCUCAGGAGUUGCCACUUACACGGACAAGCUGUUCAAGUUCCGGAAUGGCCGCUGGGAGGACAUCCUGAGUGACGAGGUCAACGUCCGUCGUGGGGUGGCCAGCCGUUUUGCCGGCCGUUCCGUGGCCUGUGUGGACAGGACGGGAUCUGGCCGCUACUCCAUUUACAUAGCCAAUUAUGCCAAUGGUAAUGUGGGCCCAGAUGCCCUCAUCGAAAUGGAUCCGGAGGCCAGUGAUCUCUCCAGGGGUAUUCUGGCUCUCAGUGAUGUGGCUGCGGAAGCUGGGGUCAGCAAAUACACAGGGGGUCGAGGAGUCAGCGUGGGCCCCAUUCUCAGCAGCAGUGCCUCGGACAUCUUCUGCGACAAUGAGAAUGGACCCAACUUCCUCUUCCACAACCAGGGGGAUGGCACCUUCAUAGAUGUGGCCGCCAGCACUGGUGUGGAUGACCCACAGCAACACGGGCGCGGGAUAGCCCUGGCCGACUUCAACAGGGAUGGCAAGGUAGAUAUAGUCUACGGCAACUGGAAUGGCCCCCACCGCCUGUACCUACAGAUGACCACUCACGGGAAGGUCCGCUUCCGGGACAUUGCCACUCCUAAAUUCUCCAUGCCAUCUCCCGUCCGCACAGUCAUUGCUGCCGACUUUGAUAAUGACCAAGAGCUGGAAGUUUUCUUCAACAAUAUCGCUUAUCGAGGCUCUUCCGCCAACCGUCUCUUCAGGGUCAUCCGCAGGGAGCAUGCUGACCCCCUCAUCGAAGAACUCAAUCCUGGAGAUGCCCUAGAGCCUGAGGGUCGGGGUACAGGGGGUGUGGUGACAGACUUUGAUGGAGAUGGAAUGCUAGAUUUGGUCUUAUCCCACGGAGAAUCCAUGGCACAACCUCUGUCUGUCUUCAGAGGGAACCAGGGAUUCAAAAAUAACUGGCUUCGUGUGGUGCCCCGGACCCAGUUUGGAGCCUUUGCCAGGGGGGCCAAGGUGGUGCUUUAUACCAAGAAAAGUGGGGCUCACCUGAGGAUCAUUGAUGGGGGCUCAGGCUACCUGUGUGAGAUGGAACCGGUGGCACACUUUGGCCUUGGACAGGACGAGCCCAGCAGCGUGGAGGUGACAUGGCCAGAUGGUAGGGUUGUGAGCCGAGGGGUAGCCAGCAACGAGACUAACUCUGUGCUAGAGAUCCCCUAUCCCCGAGAGGAAGAUGGGCCGCUCAAACCAACAACACUGGAGUGCGGCCAAGGAUUCUCCCAGCAAGACAAUGGAAGGUGCAUGGACACUGAUGAGUGCAUCCAGUUCCCAUUCGUGUGUCCCCGAGACAAGCCAGUCUGUGUCAAUACCUAUGGAAGCUACCGAUGUCGAACAAACAAAAGGUGCAGCCGGGGCUACGAGCCCAACGAGGACGGCACUGCUUGUGUGGAUGGCUCCCAGGUGGUUGCUUGCCUCAUUAUGAUGUACCAUGUGCCUGCUGGUUUGGCCUGUGCUGUUUCUUCGUUGCCCGCCCUAACUCCCUGGAACAGAGGGCACCUUCUGGUGGGGGUGGUGCUGGCGGAGGGGGGGGCAGUGGCCGUGAGAGUGGGGAGGAUAGGGUUCCUGAUGAAAAUGUUACAAUUUUAAUCUGCUAAGUCUUCCAGCCCCUCCCUCAGAGAAUUUAUGCCAAUAAACUAUAUGCUGGAUAUUA